CUCCCUUAAACUAGUAUUCACAGAGAGGUGAAGGAAAAAAGAAAAUUGGAUAAUGGCUUCCUUAUCGCUUUGCAUAGCCGCGAAAGCGCCCACUCCCUUAGCUUCUCUCAUUCUGAAUGCCCCAAAACCAUCUUCGGUCUCUCUCAACGUUAGCCGCAGCAGUUUCUCCAACGUUCGUUCUCCUCUCCUCCAUUGUUCCUUCCUCUCCUCUCCUUCCCAUCUCUCUUCCCCUUCCUCCUUUACAGGGUUGUCACUUGGAUUGGAGUUGACAUGUAAUGUUGGGGCGAGAAGAGGAAAAAGUGGUGGUUUGGUUGUGAGGGCAGGGAAGGCUGCUCUUUGUCAGACAAAGAGAAACAGAUCAAGAAAAUCAUUGGCACGAACUCAUGGUUUCCGCAAACGAAUGAGCACACCAGGUGGAAGAGCUAUUUUAAGACGACGACGUGCCAAGGGACGGAAAGUUCUUUGCACCAAGACUCAUCCAAAUAGUGGAAAGUAGUGGCGAAAAUGUCCAGUCUGUUCUGUUAUUUCAUUGGCUUAAAUGUCUGCAUUUCGGGUUCUUCAUUUUUUUUUAUAGCAGUGGUUUUUGUAUCUUUUAUGUUUAAAAUUUAAAUUCUUUUAUGUUUUUUUAUCUGUGUUGUCUCCUAUAAUUCUUGCCAAUUUACAUCCAGAUUUUCUUCAAAGAUGUUUACUGUGAAACGAAUCACAAAUCAGACUCGAUGGAAUGACAAACAAGACAUUGUGUUUGUCUAUAUUGUUCUUAUGCUACGUUAUCCACUUAUAGUUUUUCUUUUA